CCACAAUUUUGCCACUUUAACCCAUCAACUGAACAGAUUAUUAAGUAGACUCUUUGUACGUCUUUAGAAAAGCAGAGAUCACUCAAAUCUCAGAAACAAAACAUGUCUUCAUUUAUUCCUUUUUUGAGAGGGAUAUUAGAUUGGUAGAAAGAAGAGGCAUCAAAACCAUCCUUGCUUUCAGCGUGGCCUUUGACAAGAUCUAUCAUCAUUACCUUGUGAUAAGACAAGAACUGGCUGAUGGCCCAUGAACCAAGCAUGGCUGGGGCAAAGAAAGAGAAAGACACAGGCAGAGAACGAUCCUCCAUUUGUCAGUUCACUCCCCAAAUGCCUGCAACAGCCAGGGAUGGGCCAGGAGGAAGCCAGGAGCUUGGAAUUCAACUCCCACAUUGGUGGCAGGGACGCAAGUUCUUACAUGAGCCAUCACCAAACCAUCUCCCACGGAUCCCACUGUUAAGAAGCAGCGCUGAGACUCACACCCAGGCACUUGGAUAUGGGAUACAGGAGAUGUUUCACAAAGCAGAAGAAUUCUUUCCCAAAACAAUGGACAGUGAAAUGGAUGACAUGGACACAUCAGAUACACAGUGGGGCUGGUUUUACUUGGCAGAGUGUGGGAAGUGGCACAUGUUUCAGCCGGAUACCAACAUUCAGUGUUCAGUUAGCAGUGAAGAUAUCGAAAAAAGCUUCAAAACAAAUCCUUGUGGCUCCAUUUCUUUUACUACUUCCAAAUUCAGCUACAAGAUAGACUUUGCAGAAAUGAAGCAAAUGAAUCUCACCACUGGAAAACAGCGCUUAAUAAAAAGAGCUCCCUUUUCUAUCAGUGCUUUCAGUUACAUCUGUGAAAAUGAAGCCAUCCCUAUGCCCACACACUGGGAGAACGUGAAUACUGAAGUCCCGUAUCAGCUUAUUUCUCUGCACAACCAAACACAUGAAUAUAAUGAAGUUGCUAACCUCUUUGGGAAAACAAUGGAUCGCAACCGAAUUAAAAGAAUCCAGAGAAUUCAGAAUCUAGACUUGUGGGAGUUCUUCUGCAGGAAAAAGGCUCAGCUCAAGAAAAGGAGAGGUGUGCCUCAGAUUAAUGAACAAAUGCUAUUUCAUGGUACCAGCAGUGAAUUUGUGGAAGCAAUUUGCAUUCAUAACUUUGAUUGGAGAAUAAAUGGUAUACAUGGUGCUCUCUUUGGAAAAGGAACCUAUUUUGCUAGAGAUGCCGCUUACUCCAGUCGCUUCUGCAAAGAUGACAUAAAGCAUGGAAACACAUUCCAAAUUCAUGGUGUCAGCUUGCAACAGCGGCAUCUGUUUAGAACGUAUAAGUCUAUGUUUCUUGCUCGAGUGCUAAUUGGAGAUUACAUAAACGGAGACUCCAAAUACAUGCGACCUCCUUCCAAAGAUGGGAGCUAUGUGAAUUUAUAUGACAGCUGUGUGGAUGAUACCUGGAACCCAAAGAUCUUUGUGGUUUUUGAUGCCAACCAAAUCUAUCCUGAGUACUUGAUAGACUUUCAUUGAUUUCAUUUCCAAAUCUCAAUGGUCAAGGAAGUUUUAUUCUUUUUUGCAGGAAGAUUUGCUCCUCUGUCAUCUAGCCACUAAAUGUUAAUUAUCUGAUACUUUUGAAACAGAUAUGAAAAGUGGCCUCCAUAUAAAAAGACUUACUGAA